GUCGUGCAGCGAAAGGCCCCACCGCGGCAAGCGAGGAGGAGAAGGGAGAAGGUUCCCUACAGCCUCACGCGCUCCCGUAAGGCCGCAGGCGCAUUCAUCGGCCAGCAGCACUCCCGACUCCGGCUUGGAGUGGUGCGCGAGCUUGCUGAGUCUGGGUGGGCGAGCACCAACGUCAGCUCAGUGCUCUCGCACGCAGGAUGCCACUUCUACGGGCGCAUCCUUCGAUCGGAGCACGCCGUCGUCCUCCGUGUACCUCAAAGCCGCAGCGAGUCUUGUGUCGCUAUCUCAGGACGAGUUCGUCUUCUCGACGACCAGUCCAUCAGGCUUCUCCCACCUGGUGAUCCCCAUGAGCGUGUCGUUGUGGCGAGGAUAGCGCGCGUUCUCUCCAUCGAGCACAAGGGAGAGCGGAUGCCGUGGCUCGAGGUGUGCUUCGCACAGCGCGUGCUAGAUCGGCACUGGCUCUUCCUCAGCUUCAAGAUGAGAGAGGCCCGCUUCUACGUGCCGCUAGGUUGGGGCGGGUGGACCAUCGCGCGAUGGAUCAGUCUUCGUGCUGACUACAGAAACGUGCAAUACCACCUCUACAAUCACCGGACACUUUGGCUCCUCGCGGAUCGAUGGCCCCCAGGUCAUGAGUCAAGACUCAAGGACAACAGGGACAACAAGGGCGAGGUGGAUGAGGAGGAUGAGGAGGACGAGGGGGUUUAG